AUGGAAGGUGAAUCAAGGAAGCGCAUGAAGCAUGGUAUAGAGGAGAACGGACAAGAGGUCAUAGAUGGAGCAGCUCUAGAGAUUGUAGAGAAGGAAGAAACUGAGACAAACACGGUGGGAUCUGAAGAGAUGGAACUGAACAUUGCUCACAUUUUCGAAAAGAUUGAACACUUCACCCAAAUGGUAUCUGAGUUACUGGAAUCAGGAAAAGCGAUGUUUAAAGAGCUGAGUAAUGAAUUUGAAGAACGCUUGAUUUCGAUACACAAGGAACAAAUGGAGAAAUGGCAGGAGGAGAUCAAAGAAUUGAGGUUACUUGAUGCCUCAAAUGAGGAAGCAAGUGGUAUUCUGAAUAAUGCUAGAUAUGUACUCCAAAAUCCUCACAUUGAAUCUUGA